GAAAGGGCUAGCUCGCGCAGGCGCGGUGUGCGUGAGGUCCAGUGCUGCGGCAGUUCAGUUGUGUGCGAUUUCUUUUUCGCGGAGAACGAGGGAAGAGUGAGAGCCGCGCGCGCUGGGAGAGAAUAAGUGACAAUUGCACAAAACAACAACAAAAUGACAACUUCAUGGAGUGACAGACUGCAAAAUGCAGCAGAUCUUCCUGCAAAUAUGGAUGGCUAUGCUAUGAAGAAGUAUCGUCGGGAAGCAUAUCACCGGGUUUUUGUGAACAGAAGUCUAGCCAUGGAAAAAAUAAAGUGCUUUGGAUUUGAUAUGGAUUAUACAUUAGCCGUAUAUAAAUCUCCAGAGUAUGAAUCCCUUGGAUUUGACUUGACAGUUGAACGGCUAGUAUCAAUUGGAUACCCUCAAGAGCUGCUUAGUUUUGUCUAUGAUCCUACAUUCCCUACCAGAGGCCUGGUAUUUGAUUCCCUUUAUGGAAAUUUGCUGAAAGUCGAUGCCUAUGGGAACAUCCUAGUGUGUGCACAUGGCUUUAACUUCAUGAGGGGGCCAGAUAUCCGAGAGCAGUACCCUAAUAAAUUCAUCCAGAGAGAUGACACUGACAGGUUUUACAUUUUAAACACACUGUUCAACCUACCAGAGACUUACCUGUUGGCUUGUCUGUGUGAUUUUUUUACGAAUUGUGCUAGGUAUUCAAGCUGUGAAACAGGGUUUAAAGAUGGAGACCUCUUCAUGUCCUUCAGAAGUAUGUUCCAAGAUGUGAGAGAUGCUGUGGAUUGGGUUCACUAUAAGGGAUCACUGAAGGAGAAGACAGUUGAGAAUCUGGUGAAGUAUGUAGUGAAAGAUGUAAGUACAGGGAAACUGCCUCUGCUUUUGAGCCGCAUGAAUGAGGUGGGAAAGGUGUUUCUUGCCACAAACAGUGAUUAUAAGUACACUGAUAAAAUUAUGACAUACCUGUUUGAUUUUCCACAUGGACCAAAGCCUGGCAAUUCUCACCGGCCAUGGCAAUCAUACUUUGACCUCAUCCUUGUGGAUGCGCGAAAACCUCUUUUCUUUGGAGAAGGCACAGUCUUGAGACAGGUGGAUACGGUUACUGGUAAACUGAAGAUUGGUACUUACACAGGCCCCUUGCAGCAUGGUAUUGUUUACUCUGGAGGCUCCUCUGAUACAAUCUGUGACCUUCUGGGGGCCAAGGGUAAAGACAUCUUAUACAUAGGUGAUCACAUUUUUGGAGAUAUCCUGAAGUCUAAAAAACGCCAGGGUUGGAGGACCUUCCUAGUGAUUCCAGAACUGGCACAGGAGCUUCAUGUCUGGACAGACAAAAGCUGCCUUUUUGAAGAACUUCAGAGUUUAGACAUCUUUCUUGCUGAGUUAUACAAGCAUUUGGAUAGCAGUAGUAAUGAGCGUCCUGACAUCAGUUCCAUCCAAAGACGUAUUAAGAAAGUGACUCAUGACAUGGACAUGUGCUAUGGAAUGAUGGGAAGCCUGUUUCGAAGCGGCUCCCGACAGACACUCUUUGCCAGCCAAGUGAUGCGCUACGCAGACCUCUAUGCAGCAUCAUUCAUCAACCUUCUGUAUUAUCCCUUCAGUUACCUCUUCAGAGCUGCCCAUGUGCUGAUGCCACACGAGUCAACAGUAGAGCACACUCAUGUGGAUAUCAAUGAGACAGAGUCACCUAUGGCCACCCGAAACCGCACAUCAGGGGACUUCAAAGAUUCUGACAAACGACACCAGCUGACCCGUUCUUGAUCAAGAGCUAUACAGUUUGUGAAGAGAAAAGGUUUGUGUCACCUUUCCUAGCCUCUUCCUGUGGCUAACUUUAGGCUCAAAUUAGGAAUAACAACCUGUAAGAUGCAGUGUUUCAGCUGGCAGCCGUUCUAGUCUCCGAUAUGGAGUCAUAGGAGAUUGGGUAGAGCCUUUAUGUAGAGGAAGAAGCCCCCCCUUAGCAAAACAUCCUUAUUGCUGCCACUCUGUGUUACUGCCAUUCCUAGAAUGAAAAUGGUUGAAGGGCUGAUCCAUAUUGUUUGUAAAUGGUUCUGAGGGCCUGGCAUAGCAUUCUGGCUGUAAGUGCAGGCUGUUAAGUUAAAGCACAUUUUCCUCUGAAUUAUCCUGCAACGCAGGGCAGGUUUUCUUUCUUAUUCAUACAAGCAGGGAAGUAAACUGUUCCCCAAGGUAUAGAGUUCCUUACUUCUGUGCCAUUGAAGUUUGAAAGACUGAAUAGAGUCCUAUUUUGAAGUAUUAGAAGUUUUAUUUUGAAUCACUUGAUUGUAAUUAGUUCUAUUCCAUUAUUAAAAUACGAUGGACUGUAAAUCAGCAGGAGAAGCUGGUGCUCCUGUGAUGGACCUGCAAACUAAAUAAAUCAUGAGGUUUCAUAAUAAGCUGUUUUAAUGUCUGUCUAACACUGACAAAUUUACUUCUCCUAAACCUCCCUUCAUACUGCUUGCCUAACACUUGUUAUAACAACUAGAAAAGCCUGUAUACAGCGUGGAAUACAAUGUGAUUUAUAAUCUUCUCCCAACAAUGAUGGCUGGGAGACAGACAGCAGCCUGAUACCAUAGAAUCUAGAUAUAUGCAUUAAAAGUAAAUAUACUAGAGUAAGCUCAAGACUCCAUCAGAGUAGUAUGGAUAAGGUCCCCUGCCCAGAAAACGGGAGCAGAAUUGGAGACCAUUAGUUAACUUGACAGUGGUCUAGCUGGUAACUAUUAGUGAUCAGCAGAAUUAGUGAUCUGGUGUUGAGCUGGAUACAUACUGGUAAGGCACAGCAAGAGCGAAAUAGUGCUCUUUUCUUAAUCAAUACUGGAAGAUAUCCUGGCUAUAGGCAAGAUAUCAGUGUUCUCAGAUGUCUACAAGUCCAGCCUUACAAAUUCCAGCCACAAGAACAUAUGGCAUUUUCAUAAAUGAGUAGAAGGCCUCCCUAGCUGAAACCAGCUUGGCCUUGGCCUUCCAAGCUAAGAAAUAGGAAGGCUACUAUCUUGCUUUUAUCCUUCUGCUGAAGCUAGUGAAAAUGGACAGAAAAAUGACCACCGACAAGUGACAGAUAAGUGAGGAAAAGAACUGGAAAGUCAAGAAGCAAAAUUAAGACCAUGAGAAGAGGCAUUUGCAUACUACAUCAGAAAAAUACCCUAGUUCUUACAUUUGUAUCAGCAGAAUUUUAUUGUGUCAAUCUUAAAUUUCUAGCAGCACUUUUAGGAGAAUUUUGGAAACAAUCUGUAAAAGGGUUGCUGCUUUUCACAGAAUUGGAGGAGACCCUGAGGGUCAUUUAGUCCAACCCCAUGAAGUGCAGAAAUCUCAACUAGAUAAUAGAAGAAAGAUUGCCCUCCAACCUGUGCUUAAAACCCUGCAAGGAAGCUGAGCCCACCACGUCUUGUAGGAGUCUGUUCCACUGUUGAACAGCUGUUACUGUCAAAGUUCUUCCAGAUGUUUAGUCAGAAUCUCCGUUCUUGUAACUUGAAUCCAUUGGUUAAAGUCCUAGCCUCCAGAGCAGGAGGAGGAAACCAGCGUUCUCCAUGUGACAGCCCUUGAGAUACUUGAAGAUGGCCAUCUCCUCUUUACCAGGCUAAACAUACCCAACUGCUUCUCAUAAGGCUUUGUUUCCAGCCCCUUGAUCAUCUAAGUUGCCCUCCUCUGCACACAAUCCAACUUAUCAACAUCCUGCAUAAACUGUGGUGCCCAGAACUGGACACAGUACUCCAGCUGUGGUCUGACCAAGGUAGAAUAGAGUAAUACUAUUACGUCCCUUGAUCUGAACACUAUACUUCUGUUGAUGCAGCCUAGAAUAGCAUUAGCCAUUUUGCUGCUGCAUCACAGUAUAGACACAUGUUAAGCUUGUGGUCUACUCAGACCCACAGAUUCUUUUCACAUGUACUACCAGCAAUCCAGGUGGUUGUGAAGAUAAAAGGGUGAAUUAUGUAUGUAUACCACUUCAAUCUCCUUAGACAAGGAAGACAGAAUACAAGUGUAUUUCCAGGCUCUUGCAGAGAUGCCAAGCAAAGAGCCACACUUUCCCAAACACCGUAAGAAAACUGAAUUCAUUUAUGACUGUGCAGAAGGAGCACUUGGAACAUUGCAAAGACUGUUGACUACAUUUUACUUCUUAAGCAUAACAUUAUUUAUCUGGCCUCUUUGACCAUCCUCCCUUUGCCUUAUUUUUAAGUGAUAUUAACUGCCACUGCUGCCGCCUUUAACUUAAGUUUGUCAGCAUACAAUAAUAUUUGGGUCUGUGACAUCAACUCCAGCUGAAACCCUUUCUGACUCCAUUCUACCUCAAACAUCUUCCUUCUUUGAGCAGUGCCGGAGGGCCAACACAGUGGCAAUCCAAGUAAGCCUUUAGGGCAGUAUAUUACCACCCUAGGCUACAACAUGCUCAAAAAGUUUAUGUAGAAGACUAGUUUUACAAAUCUUUUGGAAACUGUUUGGUUGACUGAAUAUCACUGUUUACAAAUUUCUUUCUUAAUGUGCCUUCCUAAAUCCUGCUGCUAUACUUGCUUUCAGCGUCUUAGGAUCAAACUGUGGUAAGGACCCUUUACCAUAUAAUAUGGAGAACAUGCCUUUCCAAGUAGUGUACAGACUAUGCUUUGCUAUUCUUUCAAACAAAGUAAACAGCUCUAACGGACAGUAUUGUAAGCCUGAGAGCAGAGACUAAAUGCUAUAAACAGCAGAAGUUGGCUUUUUUGCAUGAACAGUGUGGCAAAAAAUACUGUGACCCAUUGGUGGGGAAUCUUUUUUUAGUCCAAUCCAAGAGGCACAUUCCUUCAUAGGCAGUCUUCUCAGAGCGCUAUAUGCCAGCAGUGGGUGGGCAAUAGGUGCAAUGCUUGCAUCCAAUCAUGCAGAAGGUAAGUUAUGCUGCCUUCAUAUUUUCCCCUUCCCCCAACCCUGUUCUUUCUCAAUCAUCUCCCUGCAUUCCCUUGGUCAGAGCACUCGGAUUAGAAGAGUCAAUAGAUUGUUGUUUCGGCAAAGGGGGGGGGGACAUAUGAGAGUUACGCAAUAAUUCAUCGAGUAAGCUACAACACUCACAAAGCAGGUAUUUAGUGUGUGUAAAUGUUUUUUGAUGGUCUCUACUUAGCUACAUUCUAGCUAAUAAGUAGUAUGAAUCUCAAAAGUUUACAUCUUCCUUCCACAAACAAGCCUAUUUUACAAAUAGAUGCCAGGCACGUUGUCCCAUAUACACUCCUCUACCCAAAACCCAACAAAACCCAUGUAUAGUCAUACCUCAUGUUACAUCCGCUUCAGGAUGCGUCUUUUCAGGUUACGGAUGCGCUGAAGCCGGAAGUCCCAGAACGGGUUACUUCCGGGUUCGGGGCGUGCACAUCUGCAGAAACACUAAAUUGCACUUUGCGCAUGCGCAGAAGCGCUGAAUUACAUCAUGCGUGUGCGCAGACAUGGCCCUUCAGGAUGCGGCCUUUUCAUGUUGUGAACAGGCCUCCGGAACGGAUCUCGUUCACAACCAGAGGUACCACUGUAAAAUAAAGAGAAACCAUGCUAGUGUAUAUUUUGGAUAUGACACAUCGGGAACGAAACACUUGCACUGGUUAUUCAAAGCUAUUCAAGAAAAAAUUAGUGCAUAUCCAUCAGAAUUCCUGCUCCCUACAACAGGAAAGUAAAAUAGAUAAUCUACAAGACCAUUGCUAACAAUUAAUAAAGCCAAACAAAACAUAAAGAACACACAUCCUUUCAGGGCUCCUUUACUCAAAACUGCUAAUUAAAAAAAUAAUAAUGUCACCAAUGCACAUCCCCCCCU